AUGCUGCACACACGGGUGCUCACGCCACACACAUACACAUACAGGUGCUUACGCCACACACACACGGGUGCUCACGCCACACACACGCACAUACAUGCACAUACAGGUGCUCACGCCACACACACACACGCACAUACAGGUGCUCAUACUACACGGUGCUCACGCCACACACAUACACAUACAGGUGCUCGCGCCACACACACACACACGGGUGCUCACAUUACACACACACGCACAUACAGGUGCUCACACUACACACACGGGUGCUCACGCUACACACAUAUACAUACAGGUGCUCACGCUACACACACAUGCACAUACAGGUGCUCACACUACACGGUGCUCACGCCACACACACAUACAGGUGCUUAUGCCACACACACACACGGGUGCUCACACCACACACACACACACGGGUGCUCAUGCCACACACACACAUGUGCUCAUGCCGCACACACGCACAUACAGGUGCUCACGCCACACACAGGUGCUCAUGCUGCAGACACGGGUGCUCACACCACACACACACGGCUGCUCAUGCCACACACACAGGUGCUCAUGCCACACACAUGCACAUACAGGUGCUCACACUACACAUGCAGGUACUCAGCCACACACAGGUGCUCAUGCUGCACACAUGGCUGCUCACACCACAUACACACACGGCUGCUCAUGCCACACACACACACAUACAGGUGCUUACGCCACACACAUGCACACACACGGGUGCUCACGCCACACACAUGCACACACACGGGUGCUCAUGCCACACUGCACACACACACAGGUGCUCACGCCACACACACUGGGCGAGAUGGCCGGGCCCUCAGGUGGGCCAGGCUCGUGGCUGGUCUUGAAGGGACUGGAAGGAAGGGAGCUGAGCUGUGGUCGAGGUGUCGCUGUGCAGACCCUGGAGGCAGGUGGCUUAGAGUGCAGACUGAGCGUGCUGAGACAGGCCGCCGGUGUGGCUCGGCCGGGCUCUGUGCCUGCCCCACCCAGGACAGUGGCCGCCCACUAGCACUUGGAAUCGCUGUGGUGUGCCUGGGGAGUGUGCGUUGCACUCGGAUUUGAUGUCCUGUGGGGCACACUGCUCUAAGCUUAGUCCUUUCAGGGCAUCUGCUUCAUGCCUGCAGCCGCCCUGGAAGUCCGAGGGGUUCCCUUUUGUUGUAGAUGAAGGAAGUGGGCUGGAAGGAGUAACUUUGCCAGGUCUUAGUGCAGCCAGCACCUUUCGGGGCUGCGCUCUCUCUGCUGUCCCCUGCUUCUUCCCAGGGAGCCCGCAGAGGCUGCGUCCCCUGAGCUGUGGCUUGUGUCCCAGCGAGAACGGUCGUGCGGUGCCUGCUGCCUCUUGCUCUGUGUCUCCCUACUGGUGUCUGUUUCCCUCAGUGGAUCUGGGCGGUGCGUGGGUGUCUGCAUGGGGAGAGCAGGUGAAACAGUGCAGCCUGCUGUUUGUGAAGAUUUGGUGAACAAGAAAAGGGUGCCUUAGGCGAGGUUCAGGGUCACAGUGGACCAGUCGGAGGAGUGUGGGUCCUGAGCCAGGGACGCAUGUGUGGCCUGCCCUUUCCUCGCUGUGCCUGCAACACUGGCAUCUCACAAGGGCACCAGUUCAAGUCCCAGCUGCUCCACUCCCAGCCCAGUUCCUGGGGAAGCAGUGGAGGGUGGGCCAGGUGUUUGGGCCCCUGUCACCCACACGGGAGAGCUGGGUGGAGCUCCUGGCUCCUGACUUCAGCCUGGCCAUUGUGGCCAUCUGGGUAGUAAACCAGUAGAUGGAGGAGUUCUCUUUCUCUCCCUUUCUCUAACUUUGACUUUCAAAGUAAUUAAAUCUUAAAAGGUAAAAGUCUCAGUGUAAUAUGGGCCAUUUUUAGAGCCCAUAUUUGAUUCAAGGUAACAUGCCAAGCGCUUCACAGGCAUGGUCUCAUUUGCUUUCUGGAAAACCCCAUGAAGCGGCUGCUGUUACCACCUCCACCGGCCGAGGCCCAAGAGGCCACCAUGGUGGACAUGGUCUUGUGCCAUUUCUCCUAUCGGUGCAGCUGGGAAAGGCAAACAAAUAUACCUGAUGUUUUUACUGGGAACCUCGCCGUGCAGUAAAGUAUUCACUGUUUCAUAGUUUGCCAGGAGAUGUGACACCUCGCUUCAGUGAGUAGGUGUGUUACUUGAUGAUAAAUAUGGCAGCACUGAGGCCCAGGGCAUAUGGAACCACCAGAAUUCACCGACCCUCGAGGAGACACGUGAGAGACACAAAAGAGUUGUUCCAGAAAACAACUGCCAGUGAAAGUUGACAUUGUGGGAUUUUAAACCUGGGAGGAUCCUAAAGGUGAUACCAGAUACACUUUUUUUUUUUUUUUUAAUUAUCAAUGGAAAUCUUAAAACUUCAAUCCGAGGUUAGGAACAAGACAAGGAUACUCUCUUUCCUCAGUAUUUACCGGAGCACUGAUAGUCUUUUCUUUUGUUUUUUUAAAGAUUGAUUGACUUUUUAUUUGAAAGGCAGUGGUGGGGAGAGAGAGGUCUGUCAUCUGUUGGUUCACUCCCCAAAUGGCCGCAACAGCUGGGGCUGGGCCAGGCUGGAGCCAGGAGCCAGGAGCUUCUUCCAGGUCUCCCACACAGGGUGGAGGGCCCAAGCACUUGGCCAUCUUCCCGUGUUUUCCCAGGCCGUUAGGGAGCUGGAUCGGAGGUGGAGCAGCUGAGACUCACACAGGUGCCCAUAAGGGGUGCUCACAUCCCAGGUGACAGCUUUACCCGCUCUGCCACAUGCUGGCCUUGAGACCUUUGACUUUUUAGAAAAUGUUAUUUAUCUGAGAGACAGUGACAGAGGGAGCAUGCUCUCCUCUGCUCGUGUGUCUCCCCAGAUGCCCGAGUGGCGGAGGCUGACUCGGCUGAAGCCAGGAGCUGGAAUUCAGUUCGGGUCUCUCCCGUGGGUGGCAGGAACCCAAUUACUUGAAAUAUCACUGCUGCCUCCCAGGUAUGUAUUAAAAUAGGAAGCUGGAGUUGAGCCAGGAACUCCUAGUGGGACCUGGGCAUCUUAACCUCUAGGCUAAAUGCCUACUCCUGACUUUCUUGUUAGUGGAGAGUUUUGUUUUUGUCUUGUUUUGGGUAAUGCAUACAAGCAACCUUGUUAAAGGCACUGGUUUGUGUUUUUUUUUUUUGGUUUGUUUGUUUGUUGAGAGGCAGAGUGGACAGUGAGAGAAACCUUUUCUGUUGGUUCAUCCCCCAGUGGCCUCUGUGGCUGGCGCACCACGCUGAUUCGAAGCCAGGAGCCAGGUGCUUCUCCUGGUCUCCCAUGGGGUGCAGGGACCUGGGCCAUCCUCCACUGCACUCCCGGGCCACAGCAGAGAGCUGGCCUGGAAGAGGGGCAACCGGGACAGAAUCCGGCGCCCCAACCGGGACUAGAACCUGGGGUGCCAGCGCCACAGGCGGGGGGAUUAGCCUAGUGAGCCGCGGCGCCGGCCUAGGCACUGGUUUCAAGAAACCAAUGGAAGCUUUUUGAUUUUUACAAAACAGGCGCUGUAAUUCACUUCAGCUGAGUAGGAACUAGCUACUUAAGUAGCAUGUGUUCUAAGUGAGUUUUUGUUUUAAGAUUUAUUUUAUUUAUUUGAAAGGCAGAGUUAGAGAAUGAGAAAAUCUUCCCUCCACUGGCCUGCUCCCCAAACGGCCACAACAGCUGGGGCUCCUCCAAGCCGGAGCCAGGAGCUUCUUCCAGGCCUCCCAUGUGGGUGCAGGGUCUCAAGCACCUGGGCCAUCCUCCACUGCCUUCCCAGGCUGUUAGCAGGGAGCUGGACUGGAAGCAGAGCAGCCGGGACUCAAACGCACCCAUAUGGGCCGCUGGCAUCUCAGGUGGUGGCUUUACCCGGUAUGCCACAAUGCUGUCCCUGAGGAGUUUUUGUGUGUAUGUGUAUGUUUUGAGUGUGUGUGUGUUUUAAUUUAUUUUAUUUAUUUGAAAUGCAGAGUUACAGAGAGGCAGAGAGAGAGAAAGGUCUUCCAUCUGCCGGUUCACUCCCCAGAUGGCCGCAGUGGCCGGAGCUGGGCCGACCCAAAGCUGGGAGCUUCUUCUGGGUCUCCCAUGUGUGUGCAGAGGCCUGAGGACCUGGGCAUCUGCUGCUGCUCUCCCAGGCCACAGCAGAGAGCUGGGUCGAGAGGAGCAGCCGGGACUCAAAGCAGCACCCAUAUGAGAUGCCGGCACUGUAGGCAGCGGCUUUACCCGCUACGCCAUAGCAGUCCCCCUCCCCUUUUGUUUUUAAGAGGUCUUUCAUUUCUUCGAAAGAGUUACAGAGGCCUUCCUUCCACUGACCACUCCCCAGAUGGCUGCAGUGGGCUGGGCCGGGCCAGGCCAGAGCCAGGAGUUUUGUCCAGGUCAGGGGCCCAACUGCUUGGGCCAUCUUCUGCUUUCCCCAGGCCAUUAGCAGAGAGCUGGAAGUAGAGCAGCCGGGACAUGAACUGGUGUCCAUGUGAGAUGCCGGCAUCGGAGGCAGUGCCUUUACCCAUUACGCCACAGUGCCAGCCCCAACCUCUUUUUUUUUUUAGGAUUUAUUUAAUUUAUUUGAAAAGCAGAGUUAGAUCUUCUCUGUCCGAUGGUUCACUCCCCAAAUGGCUACAACUGCUAGGGCUGGGCCAGGCUGAAGCCAGGAGCCUGGAUUGCCAUCUGGGACUCCCACAUGGGUGCAGGGGUCCAAGCACUUGGGUGGUCACUUUUCACUGCCUUCCCAAGUGCAUUAACAGGGAGCUGGGUUGGAAGUAGAGCAGCCAGGACUCCAGCCUGGUGCAUUUGGGGUGCAGGUGUUGCAAGGGGCACUUAACAUGCUGCACUGCAAUGCCGGCCCCUAAAGUGAGUUUGCUUUUUUUUUUUUUUUUUUUGUUAAGAUUUAUUUAUUUAUUUGAAAGAGUUACAGAGAGAGAGAGAGAGGUCUUCCAUCUGCUGGUUCACUCCCCAAUUGCCUGCAACGGUCAGAGCUGUGCCGAUCCGAAGCCAGAAGCCAGGAGCUUCUUCUGGGUCUCCCACAUGGGUGCAGGGGCCCAAGCACUUGGGCCAUCUUCUGCUUUCCCAGGCCACAGCAGAGAGCUGGAUGGGAAAUGGAGCAGCCGUGUCUCAAACCGGCACUCAAAUUGGAUGCCGGUGCUUCAUGCCAGGGCGUUAACCCACUGCGCCACAGCGCUGGCCCCUGAAUUGAGGUUUUGUAUUCUCUGUAAACCAAGAAAACCGUUCAUCCCAAAGAUUCCUGUGAUGGUUAGUUUUUAGUCGAUUUGGGUUAAGGACAACCUAGAAACCUGGAAAGGCACCCGUGGGUUUGUUUGUGAGGGUUUUCCCAGUGAGGUUAGCAGGUGAGUGUGGGUGGAGCGGUGGGAAGACCCAGCCCCAGGGCAGGUGGGCGCCGUCAGUUGGCUCAGGUUCUGGAGAGGCUGCCUGGGAAGGUGCUCUGGUCUUGCUCGCCUCCUGCCUGGGACGUCGAUUGCUGGCCACUGGACCCCGGGACGCUGCUCCUGCUCGCCCCCUUGCUGGCACUCGGGCGUGGGGCCUAGAGCUGCGAUUGGCACAUUCCGCUUCCCUGCUUCUCCCGGCCUCCGAAGGUGGCCUGUCGUGGGGCUUCCUGGCCGCCUCCAUAGUCACAUGAGCCAGAUCCGCCUUCCCUGCCUGUCCUGCCUCCGAGCCAUGUGGUCUCCAGGGAGUGCAGCCCUUGGCACUGGGAAAGGUUGAAGUUUGCCGGCUCUGCUGGGAUUGCUGUGUGGUUGGGGCACUUCCGUGGAAGGUGGUGCUGCACUGAGGCCUGCCACUGCCGAGGUCCUUGCAGCAGCCCAGGAGGUCAUGUGUGGUGGGAUCCCAUUUGACAGAUUGAGAAGUGGAGGUUUGUUUAACCCAUUUGACAGAUUGAGAAGUGGAGGUUUGUUCAAUUUUUAAAAGGUUUGUUUAUUUAAAAGGCAGAGAUCUUCCAUCUUCUGGCUCAGCCCGGAACUCCAUCCGGUUUCCCACAUGGGUGGCCAGGGCCCAAGGACUUGGCCGUCCUCUGCCAUCUUCCCAAAGGUAUUGGCAGGAAGUGGCCUUGGACGUGUUGUAAGCAGGGCAUGAACCAGCACUCUGACACGGGAUGCUGGCGUCGCGAGCGGCAGCUCAUCCCACUGUGCCACAGUGCAGGCCCCAGAACGGAGCCUUGGAGAGGUCUCCUGGCUUGGGAGGUGCAGGUGUGUCCUUGGCUUCAGAUCCCGCCACACCCGUUCCAGCGUUGCCCUGAGCAGAGUGGCGUUUCCAGGGCUAAGCCCUGCCUUUGAGCCGUGGGACCUGUCGUGCUAACUUAACGCCCCGGAAGCGCCCUGACCCCAGUGACUCAUUUGUGUCAGCAACACGACUGCCAGCUGCUCCGGAAAACUCACUCCUGCUGCCCAGGAGUUUCCGCCUCCAUGCGUCCCGGCCCCUAGGGUCCACGUGGGAGUUGGGGAAUCAGAUCCAAGUGCUGGGACAGAUGAUCUUCACGGCCGUGGCACUUGUCCGCAGGGAGCUGAGGCCGGGCCGGGCCCGCUGUGGCUCCUCCUUGCUGUAGCUGGUCAGGAUGUUGCAGGUUUACAUUCGCAUUUUCCCGCUUUCCUUUCUUGGUGGCGCCGCGUGCGGGGAUGGAGCAGGCUGCCGUGUUGCCAGGCUUUGUCCUCAGGGCUUCGCCGUCAGCCAUCGUGUCUCAGGACCUCGUCAGUCUCCUGAGCUGGGCUCAUGUUCCGGCACUGGGCACUGACUGCAGUCAGUAUUUGGGGUAGCACGUAUCCCUCCUGCCAGGUAAGAGCCCCUGUUCUGUGUGGCCCUGCGUGCAGCUUGCAAGCUCUCAUCGCUCUGCUUUAAACAGAAUUUGUAUGUUGAGAAGCUGAGAGACAGACAGAGAUGCCCCUCCACAGGUUCUUUUCCCAAAUGCCCCCGAGAACUGGGACUGGGCCAAGCCAGAGGCAGGAUCCGGGAGCCCAGUGUGCGGUAGCAGGGGCCAGCUGCUUGAGCAGUGCGUGUGGCUCCUGGGCAAGCAUUAGCAGGAAGCUGGAAGCUGGAGCAGAGCUGAGACUCCAACUCGGACGUGGAG